GUUGUGAGAAGCCGUGCAGCUGUCAGAGGAGAAAGAUACAAGCUGCUAACUGGAACUUUGCUGGAAGAAGUAAGACAUUUAAAAUAUAAAAAUCUGGAAACCAUUAGAAGAACAUGGGAGAACCUGGAAAAAGUGUUGCAACCCAUGGGGUGACAUGUUUUUCAAAAAUGAAGAUGUUUCUGUUGACUUUAACAGUGGCAUAUCUAGCCAAAACAAUAUCCACAAAUUAUAUGAUUUCCAUGCUCACACACAUAGAGAGGCAAUUCAAUAUCCCCACAUCUGUAGUUGGAUUUAUCAAUGGGAGUUUUGAGAUUGGAAACCUUUUGUUGAUUGUAUUCGUGAGUUAUUUCGGAACAAAACUGCACAGGCCCAUCAUGAUCGGCACUGGUUGUGUGAUUAUGGGCCUAGGGUGUUUCUUAAUAUCACUACCUCAUUUCCUGGUGGGACGAUACGAAUAUGAGAAAAUGAUCUCAUCUUCAAGUAACUUGUCUUCAAAUAGCUUCUUGUGUUCAGGAAACAGAAGUCAGACCUUGACACCAACACGAGACCCAGAAGACUGUGAAAAAGAAAUUAAAUCCUUAAUGUGGAUAUGUGUAAUGGUAGGAAAUCUUAUUCGUGGAAUUGGUGAAACUCCAAUCGUGCCCUUGGGCAUUUCCUACAUAGAAGAUUUUGCCAAAUCUGAAAACUCCCCUUUAUAUAUUGGGAUUUUAGAAGCAGGAAAUAUGGUUGGCCCUUUUAUUGGACUUUUGUUGGCAUCUUACUGUGCAAACAUCUAUGUAGACAUUGGGUCUGUGAAUACAGAUGACCUGACCAUAACUCCCACUGAUACGCGCUGGGUCGGUGCUUGGUGGCUCGGCUUUUUGAUCUGUGCAGGAGUGAAUGUCCUGACAAGCAUCCCCUUUUUCUUUCUUCCCAACACGCUCCCAAAGGAAGGACUAGAGGAUAAUGCAGAUGUGACUAACAGCAACAAAGAAGAGAAGCACCAAAGAAAAGCCAAAAAGGAAAAACGGGGAAUCACUAAAGAUUUCUUGCCAUUCAUGAAGAGCCUCUUCUGUAACCCGAUUUAUGUGCUUUUCAUCCUUGUAAGUGUGCUUCAGAUCAGUUCACUUGCCGUAACAUUUGUCUUCACACCUAAAUACCUGGAACAACAAUUUGGAAAAUCAACUGCAGAGAUAGUAUUUCUCAUGGGUAUUUAUAACUUACCUCCAGUAGUUUUUGGUUAUUUAAUUGGUGGUUUGGUUAUGAAAAAGUUCAAGUUUACUAUCAAGAAAGCUGCAUACAUAGCUUUCUGCUUAUCCCUGACUGAGUGGCUUUUAUUUUUCUUAAACUUUAUGUGGACCUGUGAUAAUUUCCCAGUUGCUGGCUUAACUACAUCUUAUGAGCAUGAACGAGUUCAGGAGCCAUUAUACAUGGAGAAUAAAAUUCUUGCUAACUGCAACAUGAGAUGUAACUGUUUAACCAAAAUAUGGGAUCCAGUGUGUGGAGACAAUGGAAUAACAUACAUGUCAGCCUGCCUUGCAGGCUGUGAGAAAUCUUUUGGAACGGGAAUUAACAUGGUGUUUCAAAAUUGCAGCUGUAUUCAGUCUUCAGGAAACUCAUCUGCAGUCCUUGGGCUGUGUAAAAAGGGCCCCGACUGUACUAUAAAGCUGCAGUACUUUCUCAUCAGGGCAGGAAUUGGCAGUUUCAUCUAUGCACUAUCAGCAAUUCCUGGGUAUAUGGUUUUUCUGAGGUGUAUCAAGCCUGAAGCAAAGUCUCUUGGAGUUGGAUUACAUGCAUUUUUCAUAAGAGUAUUUGCGGGUAUUCCAACACCUGUUUACUUUGGUGCCUUGAUAGACAGAACCUGUUUACACUGGGGAAAUCAGAAAUGUGGAAAGCCAGGGGCUUGCAGGAUAUAUGAUAUAAAUAACUUCAGGAGCAUUUUCCUUUGGUUGCCAGCAGCAUUAAGAGGAUCAAGCUUCCUCCCAGCAAUCUGCAUUAUAAUACUUUUGAGGAAGUUCCAACUCCCUGACAAAACUGACUCUUCAGAGACUGAAUUUGUAGAGAUGAAGCUCACAGAGAAGGAAAGCAAGUACAUGGAUGUGCCCAGAAGUCCUGAGUUUGAGAACAACCGAGAACUGAAAACGAGGCUGUAAUGAAAUUUCUGUUGACCUACCCAAGUGCAUGGACAGUGUGCAUUUUGAAUUAUGAGAAGAACUAUGGGAGCUCUUUUCUUAUUCUUGACCCUAAAAGUUAUUUCAAAACAUGAUAAAAAAUAUUUACUGAUAUCUUAGAAGCAUUAGAGUGGCACUAAAGGUUUUCCCAGGAAGACUAUGGUUACCCCACCACAAUGAACUUCACAGCUGCUUUUAUUGUCACACAGCAUUUUCUCUUUUAACUCAGUCAGAGCAAGUGCACCUUUCUUACCUAUCUGCAAAAAAGCUUUAAUACUUUUCCAUGAUGAAACACUAUUUGAUUUCAUGGAAUUAUGUUUGGAUGGUACAUUUAUUUAGAGUAGAACAUUUUCAUCUUGGUUGUGUUACAUUGAAAUAAUUUGUUUAAAUUUAUCCUUUCUAUAUGCAAAAUAUUGGCAUACUUCUUUGACUAGUUAGGAGUUCUUAAUUCUCUUUUUUAUUCUAGGUAUGAUGCUUCUAAAAUUAGACUUCUUAUUAAAUGUCAUCUGUUGCUUUCAAUCUCUAUUUUAUUACUCAUGUCACACAUUUGAUUACUUAGAGCACUGAAAAUUUAAAUCAUGUUUUCAUAAAAUUAUGAAGCAAAGAUCUUUGGAACAUUUUUCCUUAGGAAUUCAAAGCUGGUCAUAAAACUCACUCUUAAAAGCAAGAAUUUGAGGAAGCCUAUACUUGCAUAGGCCUUCAGAUAGAAGAGGUUGUAUGUCAGUGGUACAGUGAUUGUCUAGUACAUGUGAGACUCUGGGUUCAACGUCAAAGUAGAGCAAAUGACUGAAAAUAAAAUCAAUAAAUGCUAGAUGCAGCAUCAGAUAUUCU